AUGCUGGCGCGGGAGGGCUCGCGGCUGCGUGGGGCGUCGGGCAAGAAGGGCAAGGCUGGGAAGACUGGGCGGCGGAAGUUGCAGGCUUCGCGCCGGCGGCUGUCACCCGAGCCACUGGCGGUCCAUCGGCCGGCCAAGGUGCCGGCCAGCAACCCUCCGGGCCUGUGGAACCUGGGCAACACUUGCUACUUUAACGCGGUGACCCAAGUCCUGUUUCACAUCCCAGCCUUUCGCGGCCAGCUGCGCCGGCUGGCCCGGUCGGUGCGGGUGGUGCUGCGGACGACAGAGAGCACCGAGCUACCGAAUACUCUGCAGAAUCAUCACAAGUUGGUGCUGGACCUCGACGCGCUGUUCGUGUCGAUGGAGACGGUCGGCCUUGCGGCGGUGCCGUCGCCCGAGGAGGCUGCCGGCGCGAGCGAGAUUUUGGCUUCUGAUCCGGUGGAUGCGGGCACGCCGCCGGACACUGUGCAGCCCAAGGAUCCACAGAGCGGCGAGACCUCGUCGACCGAAGUCGACCAAGACCUGGAGGCCACGCUGCCGCUAGACGCGUCACAACCAGGCCCUGGUUCGAGGAGUACGACGCCGGCGGACGAGACCAGUGGGCCGAUGGAGCUUGGUGGAGAUGAUACCGUGGUGCUUGAGUCUGACGACGACGAGAUUGUGGGUCUUGGACUCGACAACGAUAAGCCUACCUCCAGCAGGCGCGUGUUGGCGCCGUCACCAGAGAACGAAGCCUCGUUUGGUGCCGUACCCGACAAUGCAGGCGCGGCGCGCAGCAGCUACCAUGACUACUUUGACGAGCACUUUUCGAACGCGGUCCACCCGAACGCGCUGUUCGACCAUCUCAAGAGCGUGUUUGGCUACGGGCAGCACGACGCGCAAGAGUGGCUGCGGUACCUGCUCUCCACCAUUGACGACGUGGCCGAGGCAGUCCAGAGCCUGAUGGUGUCGGCGGAGAACGAGGAGCAAACUGUUGCUAGCACCGAGGCGGUAGCAGGCAGAAGUGCCCGCCCGCCACCGGUGGUGGUCGGGGUCAAGCGCGGCGAGCCGGAUGAGGUACGGCUGGUGCCUGCGGGCAAGCGGCGGGUCGGGGCCAAGGUCGGCGAGCCAGUCGACGACCCAGGGAGCGGGGCCACUGUGGUGCCGAACCCGAUUGCGGAGCAGUUUGCGGGCAAGCUCGUCUCGCGCAUCCGCUGCUUUGGGUGCGAGAACGCAACGUCGACGACCGAGGCCUUUCAGGAUGUCUCGCUCCCAGUCCGGCGUGCCACGUCGAUGUCGUGGGCGCUCUCCCACUUUACCAAGACCGAGAUGCUCAACGGGUCGAACAAGUACUCCUGCGCGUCGUGCAAUGCCAAGAACGAAGCUGAGAAGACCAUCCACUUUGCCGAGCUCCCGCCGAUCCUCACCAUCCACUUUAACCGGUUCUCAAUGGACAUGUACGGCACACCGCGCAAGAUGAAUGUGCACAUUCCAUCGCCGUCGGUCCUCCGUCUUUCGCGCUGGUGCACGCCCGAGUGCUCUCAGCGCCUCGACGAGUUUGAGCUUUUUGGCAUCGUCUUCCAUUCCGGCUCAUCGUCGGGCUCGGGCCACUACAUCUCGUACGUCAAGUGCGCGUGGGCAGACCCCAAUGCUUCGCCGGGCGCGCCUGCUCCCGCCAUGGGCUGGUACCUCUUUGACGACAACGACGUGACGCCUGUCGACGAGGACGAUGUCCUCCGCAAGAUCUCGCCUGCCUACUCGAUCCUCGCCUCGAACGCCUAUGUCAUGUUCUACCGCAGGGUCGAGGCCGAGCCCGGCCCCGGCAAGAUAAACUGAUGGACAGAGUGCCA